UUCUUUAUUAACUUAAAGAUAUUGUUCCUCAGCCGGCAUAAGGGGAAGGAUCCUUCAGUUACAUUCACGUGCUUUGUGAAUUAACAUUGGUCCUGUCAGAUCAGUCCUAUCUUCCGCUGCAGUUUUCUCCACCCACACAAGGCCACCACUACACACAUUUAAGAGCAUUUCAUCCAUCUCUCUGGCCACAUCUUCGGUGACUGAGUGCUUCCACUGUGCUUUGGGAUCCUCCAUUUCUUCCAGAUCCUUCAGGGUGCUUUCCUCAGGGUCGGCAGCAUCCAUCUCGGUGACGCUGCCCGGCCUCGAAUCCUCUUUUAAUAGCCUUGAGGAAAGAGAAUAGAAGUUGUAAACUAACAUAAACAGCGUUGCUUCUUCUUAGACAAGCGGGUAGGAGGGCUCUCGCUCCACCCCUGGACCUCUGCAGUUAAGAGAGGACCCCUAAAUCCUCGCCCGCUCCGCCCCGAAACACCACGGGCCGCGGAGCGCAGGCGCUCCCAGGGCCCCGCCCCCGUGCCAGAGGCUCGGCCCCUAUUGGCCCAGAGGCCGGGGGCGAAGAGCCCUAGUAGCUGAACAGAGGGUGAUCAUGUGAUUCGGGGGGCGGGGCUGCGCCGGCCGCUUCCCAGCCAGACUGAAAGGGCUCGGGUAGCUGGCCUGGUCGGCCCUUAAAGCGCCCACUGGACGGCCUGGUCCCAACUCCCCUCGCCCAGCCGCGCAGAGGGAGCUGCUUGUGGCUCUCGUCGGCCUCCCAGGUCUGCUUUCCGUCUUUCCCCGAAGGUGGGCCCUUAGGUUCACCGCCCCGGAGCUCGCGGCCGCCGGGAAGCCCAAAUCCGAGUGUCCGGAGAGUAACCGGAAGUGCUGUCCCUGGCGGAGGGGCGGCGUCGGCAGCCGCCGGGGAGAGGAAAGAAUUGAGUGUUGUGAAUAGUUAUGGACUAGAGACCUUUUGGAGGCAGAAACAAGACAGUCCUGAGUCUUUGUUGUUAUGGGUUGGCAAUACCAAGUAAGGAAUUAGUGUAUAUGAUGCUGGAAACUUGUGGGGAGGAACUGCUCAAGACUGAAAGGCCUAAAACAGAUGUAUAUGUCAAGUUCCUAUCAAGAAAAUGACUGUGAAGAAAAUGAUGGGUCAGGAAGACCAGUGGAAAACUCCCUAGGAGAGAGCCAUAGAAAAUGUACACUUCAGAAGAGAGAUCUACUCAGAGAACUCAAAAAAGGAAAAUAUAUCAUGUUUGCCCUCAGAAGGGUAAAAAGAUUUUUAUUCGUGUGCAUGAGAUUACUCAAAUAGAUGAUCAGAUAUACCAGUGCCUUGAACGUGAGCAAAACUUCUGUGAAAACUUAGCUCUUAUUAUGUGUGAGAGAACCCACACUGGAGAGAAACCUUAUAGAUGUGAUAUGUGUGAUAAAACCUUCCUCCAAAGCUCAGAUCUUGUUUCCCACCAGAGGAUCCACAGUUACGAGAAACCUUAUAAAUGUAGCAAGUGUGAGAAGAGCUUUUGGCACCACUUAGCCCUUUCGGGACACCAGAGAACACAUGCAGGUAAAAAAUUCUAUACGUGUGAUAUUUGUGGCAAGAAUUUUGGUCAGAGCUCUGACCUGCUUGUCCACCAGCGAAGCCAUACAGGCGAGAAACCGUAUCUUUGUAGUGAGUGUGAUAAAUGCUUCAGCCGAAGUACAAACCUCAUAAGGCACCGAAGAACUCACACAGGUGAGAAACCAUUCAAGUGUCUGGAGUGUGAAAAAGCCUUCAGUGGCAAAUCAGAUCUUAUUAGCCACCAGAGAACUCAUACUGGUGAAAGGCCCUACAAGUGUAAUAAGUGCGAGAAAAGUUACCGACACCGUUCAGCCUUCAUUGUUCAUAAAAGAGUUCACACUGGGGAGAAGCCCUACAAGUGUGGUGCCUGUGAGAAAUGCUUUGGCCAGAAAUCAGACCUUAUCGUUCACCAGAGAGUCCACACAGGUGAGAAGCCGUAUAAAUGCUUGGAAUGUAUGAGAAGUUUUACUCGGAGUGCCAACCUAAUCAGGCACCAGGCCACUCACACGCACACUUUUAAAUGCCUUGAAUAUGAGAAGAGUUUCAACUGCAGUUCAGACCUUAUUGUGCAUCAAAGAAUUCACAUGGAAGAGAAGCCACAUCAGUGGUCUACCUGUGAGAGUGGCUUCCUCCUAGGCAUGGACUUUGUGGCCCAACAGAAAAUGAGAACUCAGACAGAGGAGCUACACUAUAAAUACAGUGUGUGUGAUAAAAGCUUCCACCAGAGCUCAGCCCUUCUACAACAUCAGACAAUCCACAUCGGUGAAAAACCAUAUAUCUGUAACAUGGGUGAAAAAAAUCUUGAGCUCAGCCCUCCCCCUGUAUCAGAAGCCUCACAAAUGUCUUCUUGACCAGACAAGAAGCUAUAAUACCAUAAAAAAAAUGUAUUUACAACGUCAGAGAACUCAUUAGGAUGAAGAACUCUAGGCAAAUCUCAGACUUUCCUCAGAGCUCAGACUUCAAUGGGGACCAGAGAAUCUGCAGUUGUAGGAAGUUGAGAAACAGUUUGUCCAGAGAGCUGUCCUUAAAGAACCUUAUCAGUCACUCCAGUGAGAAACCUGAAAAAUGCCCUGAGUAUUGAAAAACCUUUAGUCCAAGCUCACGUCUGAUCACCCUCAAGAGGAUUCAUAAGGUUGGGAAACCUUAUCAAUUUGGUGAGUGUGAGAAAGCUUUCUAGCAAUACUCACCUCCUCAGUCCAAGAGAAUUCACAUCGGAGGACAACAUAUUAAAUGCCCUGUGUCAACAGUGCUUCAGACAGUAUGCAUAUCUCAUUGGACAUCAGAAAGCUCCACUGGGGAGAAACCCCAGCAAGUGUAAAAAAAAAAAUCUUCUAACAGAACUAUGACUUUCUUACCCAUCAGAGAAGCCAUACUGCUGAAUAUUUGCAUAUUUGUCUUAAAUAUGGCAAAAGCAUUAGUUGGAGAGCCUUCUUGGGUUUGCACUAAAAAAACCCAAUCUGAGGAAAGACCUUACGAAUUCUCUGAAUGAGAAAAGCUUCAGUGUCAAUGAUCUGCUCUUGUGAUACAGCAGGGAAUUCACAUAAGUGAAAAAUCCUAUAAAUACUUUGAGUCUGAAUAAAAGCCUUGCAAGAAACCCUUACCUUAUUAGGCCCCAAAGAACCUGCUCUGCAGAGAAUUUUGUUCUAGUAAGAGAUCUAACUGGACUGUGUACAUUUAAUAGUAUGAGAAGAACUGUUCUCAUAGUUAGUUGACCCCUAUAGUAGAGAUGAGUUUUAAUGGAGUCAAAAAUGUAAACUUUUUUUUUUCUUUGAGAUACCCGGAAACUUGUUCUGGGAGGAACUGGGGCAGGUCAGAGUAGGCCUGAUGGGUAACUCAGGUAAAGAUGCUUUUCUUUUAUCUGAACCACUUAAUGAUUGCUUUACUUUCCAUUUUUAAAAUUUGGAAAUCCAAUAAAGGAAAGGACUGUAACCUUGUGAUAGAAGGUGUGGCAUGUGUUACUGUUGGAGGAAAGAAGUACAUUGACUUGGCCUCUGUUGAUUUUUUUAAAUUCUUGGCUAGAAUGGGGACUACUAGUGUGUUGACAGUAACGUGGGAACCUUUUGCUGGUUGUGGAAAGAACUAAGCACCAAGGGAGUAGUUAUCCUAGAUCAAAACUUCUCCCAGAGUUUCCCCUUUGGAGGGCCACCCUCAUAAAGAGGCAGAAUACUCACCUUUUUACUUGAUGUGCAUUGAGGUAUACCCUCAAUGGUUUCCUUUCCCUAAAAUAUCUUUCAGAUUAUUACUAGUAUUUGAAAUUUUAGCUUUAGAGAUUUCAUUUCUUCUCAACUCAGAAAUGCAAAUUCCAGGGUAAUAGUUACGAUUUCGCUGGUAUCUGUGUUUUUGUGACUUUGUUGAUCGUGUUUUCUUUCCAUGAUAAGGUAUCCUCAUCAGCUCCUUACAAAAUAAGGGGAAGACGGAAAGAAAGAUUUAAGCCUCAGUAGGCACAGAAUAAAACACAUAAUGAGGCAUUAUUAAUGGAGGAGCUAGACUUGAGAAUCCUGACUCGAAAGCUGGUGUUUUUCACUCCAUUUAUCCUGCUGUUUACAGCACAUCAGGCCCAGUAAUGAUCUGCCUUUCAUUUAUUUCGGUUCUACUAAGGAAAGAGAAUACAUUUUAUUUGCAGAGAAGAGAUUACAAUCACCACAAUAAAAGGGGUAUAUUUGGCCUGUAAUGUAGGAUUCUAAAUGCCAGAAGGGAAAAGUAGUUGGCAGAUUCAUCAGUGGUUUAAUGAUAAGCGCUUACCUCCAACUUAACAGGACAAUUAUGAUUACCUUUAACAUUCUCCAGGAAUAACUAUAAUUAAUCCAGGACAUAAAUGGACAUUUCUGAGGUUUUUUUCCUUCCCUCAGAUUAAAAGAAAUGUUAAUACUUAAGAUUCCUACAGUAUUUGGGACUAUAGAUUGGUGAAUAAAUAUUUUGGGUCCUCUGUUUAAUCUUAGCAUAUCCUGAAUUCCAGAGAGUGUUGGUAUUCGGAUUCAUGGAUCCGAUUGCUGUGUUGCUACCUUGCAUAUGGCGCUAAGCUUUGAUCCUAAUGACUGGUUGAUGAGCCUGGUAAUCUUAGGGUCAGCAGAUAUAGCUCAUAGUGAUAAUACGGAAUCUGGUCCUAGGGUGUUUUUUCUUUUUUCUUUUAGAAAAAAGAUCCUGAAAAUUUAUUUGAUCUGAUGUGUUUCAGUAAUUUUCAUAAAUAGCUCUUAUACCAUGAAAACUUGCUCAGUGUGAUAAAACACACAAGAUGUAUUUCUCUUUGGUGAAAAUCAUGCCUAUCACUAGUAUAUGUUUGACAGUUGUAAUUCUUAAAAUAGUGUUGGGUGUAUGGCAUGGUGGUGAUGGAAAUUAGUCCUCAUGGCUACUUGUUAGUCAUUAGAGAGAAUUUGGAGAAGGGAACAGAGUUUGUAUCUUUGGCAGGGCAGUGACUUGCCCCUUCUUUCAAUUAAUCUUACUGGUAAUUGUCUCUAGUCUUUAAGUAAAUUCAGGAUGGGCCAUCCAUCAAGCAGAGAACUUAGAGGGUAUGAGACAGGUCUGAGGGCUUUUAACCAUGGGGGAAAAUGGUGUUGGUAUUAUUCAUAUAGCAUAACCUGAGGUUGGAGAGGACCACUUGGGAGCCUGCAACCAAAACUAGAAGGUAACUUCUGGGAUGGAUGGAGGUUCUCUUGAAACAGUGCCAACCUAAAUCUACCUCAGGUAAGUAGUUAGAGUAAUUUUUUAAAGAUUUCAGACCAAACAAGACACUUGUAUUCAGUCAAUGUAUUCCUAUGCUUUAAUGUUUUUGUUUUCCCUUAAUUCUUAAAUAAAAAUUGUUCUGAAAAA